AUGCGCAAAGUUGAUGUGCUUGUUAUCGGCAGUGGCUCAAAGGCAAUUGCAGUUGCAGACCAUGCCCUUUCGUUGGGCUUGAGUACUGCUAUCGCAAGCACAGAAUCUGUAACAACUGGUAAUCAACAGCCAAUGCAUGAAAUCUAUGAAUGUGCUACUCUUAGUCUGGAUGUGAAGUCACGGAUUUUACAAGCAGAAGGUGGUGCAUAUAGGGUAGAACUGGGCUUUGUAUCCUUGAUUAUAGCACCCGAGCCAGCUGUAGGUCUACAGGCAAAGAACAGUAAUCUUCAUGAAUCGCUCGAAAAUUCAAUCCACACUUUGAGGAAAGAUGACGACCAAUGCCAUGAGAGAUUCUUCACUGACGAGUGCAUGGAGAUAUUGAUAAUAAGAAAUGCACAAAUAAUUACAGAGCCCAACAGCUUAUUAAAUCUGUGCAGCCCAUCGGUACUUGAGUACUUACGGGCUAGUGCCAACUUGAAAAUCCAUAUUUAUGACUUCAACCGUGGCGAUAAUCCAGACAACCUCCUCGAAACUUGUCAAAUUUAUAGACCUAUAGACCCGAUAUCACUGGCCAAGAUAUCAACAGUAACCAAAGGCGAAAAACGAGCAGCACUUUCCAUCUACAAGGGCGCAUGUGGAAAGAAUCAAACAUUUCUCCAAACAAAUGUUCCUAGAGUAUAUGUGCUAAGGGUAUCGUAUCCUGCUAUUCAACAGGCUGACGAGAUAUUUCGGAGACAGGUGUUUCCCUGCCACCUGUAUCAGCAGAAACAUCUCCAUAGCAGAAUGAGCAUAGAGUACAGCCCCGGGCGCAAAGUCAUGCUUUACGGACAACAGCAAAAAACCCUAUGCAAGAACCGCAGCAUGUGCAUAACCGUGCGGCUCCAAACAAGGGGAGACCCUGAGCAGAUCUCAGAGGUAUAUCUAACUCAACUCGGUGUUGUCUUGGGAUUUGCUCUGUUUCUCCCCGAGAUGACCGACCUGGUUACCCCUCUCAUGCUUUGCUGUGAUAAUAGUUUCUCUAUCGUCCGUCUCCUCCACUGCCAGAAUAGUACACCCCAAGAGGUUGACGAAAGGCAGGCGCAUUUGACAGAACUGGUAUUGGGUUAUUAUAAGGAAACAUCUAGCGAUAGGACAGUCUAUAAAGCUUUACAGAUGUCUUUUAGGCAUCGAGGAAUAGUCAACGCGCUACUGCUCUUCUCACCUGUUCUCCUUCUUGCUGCUCUUAUGGUAUGCGCCCUUCUAAUUUUCUAG